CUAGUACCAACCUUACGUGGCUAACAAACUGUCAUGGCGGAGACCGAAGGACUUGUCAACGGUGUCGAAUCACUGUCUGUGAGCGACUCGCCGCGUCCAGAUUCUAAUGACAAUAACUGUGGUGAUGAAUAUCAUGUCAAGUGGGGAUUUUCCUUGGAGGAACUCUACAAGAUCGCCCUUAAGUUCUACAAAGAGAAAGAAGGAAAAGCCCUACAGGUGACUUACAGAGACAAACUGAGACUUGUGGCGUACACAAAACAGGUGUCGUUCGGCAAGUUCCGCAAUGAUGUGUCACCCGAUGUUGGCUUCCUUGAUGUAGUUGGUAAUGACAGACGGCAAGCCUGGCAAGCUCUCGGGGAUAUGUCCAAGGAGAGUGCUAUGGAGGAGUUUGUAAAGUUCCUGGAAGGGUCGUGUAACCUGUUCAAGCCUUUUGUUGAGGCACACAAAGCAGAAAAAGAGGAAAAGCUGAGACAGCAGCAAGAAGAGGAAGAGCGCCUGCGUCGCGAGGAAGAAGAGAGGAAGCAGCGGGAACUGGAGGAAGAGGCCCGGAAACAGCAGGAGGCAGAGAAACAGCGGCAGAUAGAACAAGAAAUGCAGAUCCGCUCUGCAUUGAACCAGCAGACAGCUGCACAGUUUCGACAGUAUGCAGAGCAGCAGUACCCAGGGAACACACAGAUGCAGGAGGAGCUGAUCAGGCAGCUGCAGGAGCAGCACUUCCAGCAGUACAUGCAGCAGGUGUACCAGCAGCAGCUCAUGCACCAGCAGCAGCAGCUACAGCAGAUGCACGCCUCCUCCAACAACAACAGCAGCACCACCACCCUGCCUCAGCCCGCCACGCCCCAGCAGCUCAACUCCUACCCACAGCAGAGCGUGGACGUUGUGCACAGGGAGGGCCAGGCCCUGGAGAAUGGCCAGACGGAUGGAGCAGAAGAUGAGUUACCUCCCAUUGCCGCAGCCUCCAUGUGGACUCGCAAAGAUAUUAAAGAAUUCAAGGAUUCUCUACGUAAAGAUAAGGACUCUGUAAUUAAGAUAGGCUCAGGAGAAACAGUUACAGUGCGUGUGCCAACACAUGAAGAUGGCUCGUGCUUGUUCUGGGAGUUUGCAACAGAUUACUAUGACAUAGGGUUUGGUGUGUACUUUGAAUGGACGAUUGCUCCCAGUAACACAGUCAGUGUGCACGUGUCAGAAGACACAGAUGAGGAGGAGUUCGAGGAAGAGGAGGGAGGUGGUGAAGCCACAGAUGUCAAGGGAGAUAUUGAGAAAGGGAAGAAGCAAGAUAAUCGUCCACCGACAGAUGAAAUAAUUCCAAUCUACCGCCGCGACUGCCAUGAGGAGGUCUACUGUGGCAGCCACACCUACCCCGGGAGGGGUGUCUACUUACUGAAGUUUGACAAUUCCUACUCAUUAUGGAGGUCCAAAACUUUGUAUUACAGAGUGUAUUAUUCACGGUAGGGGACAGGGUUGGCACCAGUAGGUAACAAGAUUCUGUGUGGGUGAUGAGGCUUGAGUGUGAUGAUCUUGAGUGAAAGAGAUAAUAUAUGACACUACAGACACAAUUGCUCAGCACCCUUCCUCUGUCACACAAACUCAUGUAGAUAAUACACAUGCAUACCCUUGCGUUUCAUGUUUAUCACACGGAUACUAACUUACUAGCAGGAAUUGCUCUUGAACAAAUGUUUUAGACUAAAUAGAGCCAAGGAGUGCAUAGAUUAAAUGUCUUCAUUACUGGUGGGAACACAUUUUAAUGCUACAUCCUUCACGAUUAUUUUUCUUGAAAUAAAAUUAUACGUAUUUUGAAGUCUUGUUUGAUGAGUCAAUAGAAGGGUAGCAUCCAUUCCAUAUCUGACACUAUUGAGAUGUGGACCGACUUUAAACUGAAAGUCAGAGUUACUUCCCUUUCUAUAUUGACAGACUUCAAAGCUUUUUUCACAUCUGAAUAAGUAGAUCAAUUUGGCUGGAAGAGAGAAAAAAAAUCCUCCUAUUUUACAUGAGUGAAAUGGAUCUCCCAGCUCAUGCAGCUAAUUAAUGAAAAAAUGUUACAAAUUUGUAAAUGUUGAUUUUCACAGAAAUGAUAUCAUAUGUGUAAGUGGAAGGGUGUUGGUCAUGUCCAGUAUUUAGCUCUCUAUCUUGAGACAACCAUGAUAACAGGGAUUUGUUAAGUGUAGUUGGCGCCUGGACAGUGUUUUCAAGAUAGCUUACUGACCAUAAUGUUCUUGAAUGAGCAUGCUUUACACAUUCUAAAGUUCAUGACACACAAGUUUGAAUAGUUUGAUUUUCAGGGCUUGUUUAUCUGAAAUUGUUUAUAGCUUAGAUCUACCCGAAUCUCAGCAUAAGUGAAAGAUAUGGGUUGGGGUGGGAUCUGGACUUACGCCUGACAGCUUAUUAUUACUUCCAUAAAGGGCCGAAAGAUUGCCGAUGCGACUUUCAAUAUAAACUCAUCACUCAUUUAUUGCCUAUGUAUGUACUUGUAGGGAGAAAUUAAAGAGUUCUGGUGUUUGAGAGCAACAUGAUCAAGAUAUUCAUCCUUUGUUCUAUACCUGCUGCUCUCAUGUUGUCAUGAAGGUACAAGUAGGUAAGGGAGUGUUUUUUCCAGCUGUGGCUUUCACUGAAACCAUCACCAUUAGUGUUAAAAUGUGAUCUGGCUGCACCUUUCUGCUGAAUCAGCUUAUUAUUACCAACACCAGUGUCUUUUGAUCAUGACCAUACACACAGCAUUUGUUUGUUGUACCCAGGAACUGUCAAAUCACAUUAAUCUGGAUGGCAAUUUCCAUCCAGAUUGACAAAUUUCUUGAUAAAUGACUCAUUUGUAAGAGUUCAGAUGCUUUGUGGAUACAUGUAUGCUGCUCAAAAGACUUUAAGGAGCACCAGAUUGUUUCAUAUGACGAUAGUUAAUCUGUCAGGGCUGGUGGAAGUUGCAACAUAGCCUUCCAAUAGUAGGUGUUCUUUAACUGUUUUGAGUAGUAUAUGUUUUCCGUACAGUAAAUGUCUGAAAGGUGGGUUUCUGCUUGCUAACAGGGUCCGGACAUGGGGUGACUAUUGAAGGAGUGAUACAACAGUGCAAAACGUGAUAAGCGAAUCUACUGUCCAAAAAAAUAGAUUUACUGUUAUUUUUCAACAUGACAAGUACUUACAAAUGCUGGGAAGUUGUGAAGGAGAUAUGAUUAUUUUCUUAUCCAAAAUUAUAAACAUAUUCUGAAUGUAAACUUUGCAAGGUGUAUUUGUGAUCACUACAAUUGGAAAAGUAAAUGAUUAAUGUCUAUUGAUACUAACAAUAGAUCGGCAUCGAUGUUCACUAUGGUAUUUUAAUGUGUCUUUGGUAAUUUGCCAUCAGACCAUGGCCAAUUCCGAUAUAUAUCGCUAGCUCACUCUAUCAUUACACUUAUUCCGGAACAGGAUCUCCGAGUGUUAUUGUAUCAGGUUAAACCUUUGUGUCAAGUGUGGUCAAGUAAACAUACAUUAAGAUAAACAUUCACCAUUAGAUGUGUAUUGCUUCCAUGGGGAAAUACAAGACAACAAUUCACUCUUUAUGUAAUUAUGUUUUUGUCAAUCUUCAAGUUUUGCGCAGAUUUCUUUUGAUGUUUGUAGAUUCAUGUGUUAUUAUUUUUAUAAGUUGUGUUUUCUACAGUUCAGUAUGCCAUGUCAAAAGCUGUGUGUAACUACCGAUUUUGAUAGCUUAGUCAAAACUUUGUAAAGUCAAGACGUUCUAGUCUGCCUUCUCAGGUUUGUGGGUCACAGCAUUGGUGGGCAUUUUUUCAGUAUUCUGAAACAACCAAAACAUCAUCUUUUUAAAUCUAACCUGUCUUUCUGAAAUAUAAAUUGUUUUGAAGUCGGCAGUUAUACUUCAUUUUUUUCUCUUUUUCUUUCUGUGAACCUGUGACUGGUAAGAACUGACUGAACUUCUUGAAGCUUGAAUAAUUUCUGUGACACUAACCUAUUAGUCCAGUCACAAGCUGGUCUUAUAUUCAUGCACAUGUAACUCAACUAUUCUGCUAAUUUCAUUGAGGGGGGCAAGUCUAAGGCGCUGUUAUUCGCUGUGCAGAGUUGUGUCCCUUGGGCACGCCAGAAACCUAUAAUUCUGGGUUCGAAUCCCGGUUUGCCCCAAUUAUGUUUCUAGGUUUGUCAGCACCAUACCUGUGCUCGUGGGUUUCACUGUAGUGGUAAACGUCUGAGAUGUGCAUCACUUGGGGCUUUCCUCCCACAUUAAGCUGACACGCCAUGAUAUGACUAAAAUACUGUUAAAAGCGGCGUUGAACCUAACUCAAUUACUCACCUAUCUCAUGGAGAGAACAGUUAUUGUUUGAAUGUUGAUUGAAUGAAUGUGGGAAGGAAAAAAAACUUCAGGCUGAAGCUCAAAAGUCUUUGAAUGGGUUCCAAGAUAUGUUUUGCUUUAUGUUGGGUUUUGUAGAGGAGAAUUUUCAUCCUAUGUUGUACAGAGAGGGGUUCAGGAUGUAGUAUGGUGAUAACAUUAGUACAUAUAUCAUGUUAUAAGAUGGGUGGCUUUCCUUGUUGCCACGGAUACUUGUGUAUGUCAUGAUUGUCCGGCAAUUCCAGAUGUAUUUAUUACAUUUCUAACACUUUCUAUUUAUUGUCCAUCAAACACCAUCACACUGUUUGAAGCAAUUGUGGUUGCAUUGGUUGUCUGUAAUUACUGAGGGUUUUCUGGAAUUAGUUUGAGCUUUUUCAUGCUUAUUUUUAUAUCCUUUUGUGUUUGUCUUUAAUUCAAAAUUGAACACAUGUUUUAGACUGGUUGCAAGCCAUAACCAUUAAAACCUUGUUAUAUACAUUUUAAGUGAGGUACAAUUUGGGACAUGACAAAGUUCAUUUCAGAAUUGUCUCCCAGUAUGUCACAUAUUUAAGAGAGAAUUACCAGUCCUCAUUUAAUAACUUGUUUAAUAUUUAUUGUUUCUAGGAUUAUAUAAAGUAGAGAAAAGACGAAAAAGGAUGUUACUAAUUUAAAUAAUUGUCAUUCAGAGUUUUACUUUUAGUCUGAUCAACUCACAGAAGUUUUAAAUUUUUUUAUUUUUUUUUGUCAGUGUAGGCAUGAUAGGCUCAUAAUCGAAUGUAAAAUAAGAAAACAAAAUUAUCAUACCACAUUAUAAAUCUUUCAGCAUCAAUGAUAUGACACCUGGUGUGUGUAGAAAGAAGUGUUUUGUUAACCGUAGUAUAUGUUCUAUUUUGUGACUAAGGCUGGUUCCUGAUGUACCACAAGUACUGGGAUCACAACACCAGUGAUGUGAAGUCAUGUACAAUCAUCAAACCUUUGUCUACAGCAAUCACUGGUUUCAGAUGCCAGAAAUAUUAUCUGUUAUUAUUCUUCAAUCAUAUCUGUCCUUGUACAUGAAAUACAAGUUCACCCAGCAUUGAAUGGGUACCCGGUAGGAUGUGAUGGCAAUGUGGUUGUUAACCUUCUAGCACCGUACCAGGUAGCUUGGGUUGUAUACUCCCCAGGGGGUUGAGAAUGAUUGUUGAGUGCACACUGAUCCAGUGACCGGGGUCAUAAUAGCACUAUGAGCAUGCCCCUGUGUGGUGUGGAAAUAUGCACAAUGAUGUGGAAAUGAUUUGGUAUGGAACACUGUUACUGAUCUUGAAUGGCCACGACACGAUCCCAGGGAGGUUGUCUUGGUGCUUCAUGUGACUACUCAGUUGAUUGAGCCAUACAUGUUUGUGAAUUGUGACUUUGAGUCAUAAAUUGUAAUCAGCAUUAUUGUUAUACUGUUUACAUAGGGAUGGACAUGGUUAAGACACAUUGAUGUGAAGUAUUCAAGUACAAAGCCAAACAUCUGAUAAGCAUCAAAGAACAAAACAUCCAAUAAGAAUUAAUGAAAACGUGUAAUGGUUUUCUGACAGACAUAUUGGAUAGUAUUUAGUUGGUAAGCAUGGCAUGAUAAUACAUAAAUAUAUUCUGGUUUCCAUUUUUGUUUUGUGCAGUAUUUGAAGUCAGUACCCUAUUAAUAAGUAAUAAUGUUAAUAAUGUUAUUGUAUAGACAACCACAAAAAUCCAUGUUUCUGGUUAUGUUUUUUUUUACAAUUAAACAAAUUCAUUUUUGUCUAUAAUAAAAGGUGUUUGAUUGUAAAAAAACCCAUAAGAUUUUAUUGUUAAUCUGAACUUUGGAUUCUUGUGCAUAACCAUCUGUAUAAAUACUUGUCUCUCAGUACAUGGUGUGAUGUUACUCAUAUAGUGUGUCCUAAACACAACCAUUUUGUAAUAUAUUCCAUUUCGAUAUUGAUUUUACCUACUUGUCCUUGUGUUUGUUACCAUGGUGACAUUGUCACUGUUCUGCCUUCAUUGCUGUGUUUAUCACCCUGCAUAGAGUUGCUCAUGGUUUUCAAUAAAGAAUACGCAUUGUUACACACAUAAUCGGCUUGUACUGUGAAGUGCUGAAGUCCUCUGCUAGAUCCUGUACAGCAGUACCGCAUUACUAUAGUACUACUCAAUGUAACUGGUAUACCUGGCUAUCAAUCUCAUUCAAAUCAGAUCUUAGUUCUCGCUACCGCUAAACAAAGAUCUGAGGACAUCCCAUUACGGGUCACAUGUCAGACCGACCUUUCGCAAACUUUUACAACCAAUGGAAUGACUGACAAGAAGUCGACAUUAGCCAAUCAGAAGGAAGCUUUCUUAUGCUUUACGGUACUAGUUUCAUUCUGGCAACUGUUUUGAAUUUGAAAACUGAACAAAGGAACAUUCUGGAAUGGCUAAUAGAUGGCCUAGAUUGUAUGGAUUCAGUCAUUAAGCCUGUAACUGUCAUUCGGAAUACACCUGGUUAAAUCUGUUGAGGUUGCAUGAUUAGAAAACACAUUCUGACUGUCUCUUUCAUGAUCUGGUAAGCGACCCCUAUUUGGUCAGAUGAAAGGUCGUUCUGACGUGACCUGUAAUGGGAUGUCCUCAGAUAUUUGUUUACUGGUUGCGAGAACUAAGAUCUGAUUUUAGUGAGAUGGACCUGGUUAUGGGGUUGUAAUGUAGCCUUGUGGUUCAUGUGUUCACUUGUCUUGCUGAAGAUCUGGGUUUGAAUCCACCAAUGGAUGGUAUGGCCUUCUUGUGUCCUUUGCAGUACCCACUCACUUUGGGCUGUUGCAGUGUUGUUGGGUUCAGUUCAGUUCCCAGGUGCAUCCUGUCCUUGAUAUAUUCAUAACACUUGCUCAUGAUAUAUCGGAAUCGUCUUUCAUUUUGCUUUUAUUCCAACAAUAAACUGAAAUUAACUAGUGUACUAGAUAAACAUGUGCAGGAACUUUUAAAACUGUGUUAAAAGCAGUGUAAAGAGAUUUGAAUUAAUUCAUUGACCAUGCUUCAGACCAUGUAUUGAUAAUAUGCUCACCUGUUGGCUAGCAUGCUUUGUACGAUUGGUGUUCUGCAAUAGUGGGAAAUAUAUGUUCUAGCUGAAUCAGACAACAGACAAUGAUUUAUAACAUGUCUAGGUCUUACAUUUUCUAUGCUUGGUUUAUGGUUCUGCCAACCUUAAUAAUUGAAAAUUCAGAAGAAAAUAAAAUAUGAUCAGAAUGACAUAUUUAAUUUGUUUUAUAAAACUGACUCUAAAGAUUGCCUUGACAAUAAAAUGACAGUGGAAUGCUUGUCAGAUUUAACUUUCAUAAUGUUUAUAAAGACACAAACCAGAACAAGAAUGAUUAAUUUAUCAAAUGAAAUUUAAAGAAGAAAAAUCCUCUUAUACAUUUUUAUUUUCUAUUUUUUUGACCUACCAAAUAUUUCACUAUCACAAUCUGUUAGCCAAAAAAAAAGAUAGAAAAAGUCUGACCAUACUGACAAGUUGUUAACGUACCAUAUUGCUUCUUAUAGGGGUCGCUGCAGGGACUUGGUGGUCCAUAUAUAUGCUCGUCUGGUCACUAUCAUGUGUGUGUUCCUUGUGAAAGCAGCUCGCACCUGCUCCUAUGGCGCACCUGUGUGGUGUGUACAGUUGUGGGUGCAAAUCACGUUGACCUUGUGACACUGUACAAACUGAGAGUACAAGGUGUUGUAAAGUUCUGUUGUUGCAUAUUAAAUAUAUUUAAAGAUU